UGUUCGUUAAGCGCAGAGGUUGUCGGUUGGUUGGUUCGUUCAUGGACGCGAGCGCAUACGAAACAGUUUUAAGAAGCUUUCUGCUGAAUCGGAAACGAAACGGUUUUAUUUGAAACAUCGCUAGACCGCGUGUGCUUGUGUGUGUGGGAAAGUGGAAAGUGAAAACGAAAAUGAAAAUGAGCAUGGUGCAUGAGCUUCCUUGACGUUCGCUCGCUUUGCUUGCUCGCUCGUUUGCUCGCUGUAACGGCGGAAAAUCCAAAGCGGAAAACACACACUCGAAACACAGUGAAAAGAAGAAGGAGAAUCGGAGGCGGAGGCAGAGGCAGAGGCAGAGAGCGAGAGUACGACACAGAGGAAAGGCCAAUUCCACGAAGAAAUGUCCGCCAAAACAUCCCCAUCUAGCUCCCGGGAUGCCAGCGUGGCCGGACCCGUGCAAAUCAAAAAGGAACUGCCCAGCGAUGAGAUAAAGGAAUUCGCGCACAGCACCAUGAAUGAGCUGCUCGGCUGGUAUGGCUUCGAUGGCGUCGAUGUGGAUCGCCUGGAUCUAACCGCCAAGACAUCGCGUCUGCUGCAGAGUGCCGCCGCUGCGGCUGCGGCCAGUCAACAGCAUCAGCUGGACCAGCAACAGCAGCAGCAGCAGCAACAGUUGCUGGAGCGGCGUCGCACUGGUUUACUGCGCAGCAGUCGCACCUCACUGGCCGCCGCUUAUCAUAGCAACAACAACAACAACAACAACAGCAGCAGCAAUAGCAAUGGGAAUGCCGUUGGUCGUAAGGUCGGAGGAAUGCAAAAUUGUAAUCGAACGACAGCGGCGACGCCCUCGGAUCAUGAUACGCGCAGCUCGCGGGAGGAUGACUCCAAGAGUCCCAACUCAAUCGGCAAGCCGGUCACGACAGCGGGGCUGGUUGUGCCGCCCACAGAGGAGAAAAUAGACUUCAACAACUGCUGCUGGUGCCAUCGACCGAUUGCCGAGAAUGCGCCCGACUAUCUGACGAGCAGCGAUGGGCCGCGCUACUGCUCGGAGUCCUGCUUCACGCAGAGCCGGAGGGCGUGCUUCAAGAAGGCCAAGACCUGCGACUGGUGCAAGCAUGUGCGGCAUGCCGUCAGCUAUGUGGACUUCCAGGAUGGCGCCUCGCAGCUGCAGUUCUGCUCGGAGAAGUGCCUCAACCAGUACAAGAUGCAAAUCUUCUGCAACGAGACGCAGGCGCAUCUGGACAUGAAUCCGCAUCUGCGGGACCAGGGCCUGGAGGCGGGCAGCGAGGCGGGUCUCAUAACGCCGGAUCUCUGGCUGCGCAACUGCCGCAGUCGCUCGGCCUCGCCCGCGUCCACGGUCUCGGUGUCGCCGGGACCAGCAGCAGCGCCAGAGCGGACGGCGGCCACACCCCACGCAAAGCGCAGCUCGCCCAGCGUCACGCCGCCCAGUAAUCCGAGCAAACCUUUGAUCUCAGUGGCGCCUGUGUCCAAGCUGCUGGCCCAGAAGAGUCCCGCUCCAGCGGCAGCUGCACCGCCACCGCCGCCACCACCGCUGCAGCGGCACCAACACAGCAACAACAGCUCCUUGGCUUCAGGUCGGGACUCGGGACUCAAGCAUGGCCGUCGCAAGCGUCCGCUUCGUGGUCCAGGCUCAACCUCCUCCGGCUCGGAAACAGUGGCCAGCAUGCUCCAAAAGCAACAGCAGCAGCCACCGACGCUCAGCGCAGACUUUUCCGGCUCCAGCGUGCCGUUGCCUCCUUUGUCGCCCAUGCCGGAACCCCACCACCCACAGCAGCAGCAGCAGCAGCAGCAGCCACCGCCCGUGGUGCCACAACAGGUGCUGGGCAGGGGCCCAACUGCCAUACCUUCGAGCUACUUUGCCACACCGCCCAAUGGGCAUCCGAUGGGUCUGCCAUUUGGCAGGCAUCCCGCGCCGCCGCCUCAUCACUUUAUGCCGCCGCCGCAUGGCAUGAUGCCGCGAGGCUAUCCACCGCCCUUUGGCCUGCCCAUGCCACAGGCACAGGUGCCCGAGCAUCUGGGUGCUUUCGGGGCAAUGCUGGGUGCGGUGCCGCCCGUGACCGUGAUGGUGCCGUAUCCAAUAAUCAUACCGCUGCCCAUACCCAUUCCCGUGCCGCUGCCCGUCAUGGACUUUUACAAGGCGCACCUGACGCCCGAGCAGCGGAAGCGCUUCGACGAGGAGCGGGCCACGACGAGUCGGCGGAGCAAGGAGGAGCUGCCACAGCCACUGGACUGCAGCAAGUCAAGGAGUGAGCAGGAGCAGGAGCAGGAGCAGCAGCUGGAUCCAGCGCCACAAGAGGAGCAGAAAGCGACGAUGCUCAAGGAGGAGCAGCUGGACGACGAGGAGGAGGAUGAUAAGGAGAAGGAGAAGGAGAAAGAUGAAGAUGUUCAGGUGGACGAUGAUGACAAUGAUGAUGAGGGUAAGAAAUCCAUACCAAAGACAAACUCUGCCGGCCGCGCUUCUCCAGACUCCGCUUCGCCGUCGUCGCCUGCGUCCUCGUCGCCGGCCACAGAUGCCAACUCCUCGCAGGAGACACACUGCAUUGUGCGCGACGAAACGCAAUCGGAGAGCAAUCAGGACAGCCAGAAACUGCCCAAGUUGAAAAUUACACGACUGCAAAGCAAACGGACGCUUAACCAAACCAAAGAAGAGCCAAACGCUUCCGUUCCAGCUGCAGCGACACCUGCGGGCAGUAGCAGCAGCAGCAGCAGCGCUGCCUCCGAAUGCAGUCGACCGCUGCGCAAGCGUAAACGCAUAAUUGACUGCGAUUUCCAGAAGAUGGCGCUGCGAGAGCUGGAGCCGAGCGACGGCCAGAAUCAGCAACAGGACGAGGACGUAGAGUGCAAUAAUAUAAACAACAGCAAUAGCCAGGGAAGCGGCAAUGCAAAAGCUAAAAAGUAAAUUUUAGUAGAAUUAAUAGUAGAACUUAUCAAAAAUACUUAUUACCAUGUAUAAUUUAUCCCUGAAUGACGUGUGUAUGUGUAAGAGAGAGAGAGAGAGAGAGAGAGCGCGAAUGGCGGAGCACAAAGUGCUCGAAGAAUUUAAAUAAAUAACAAUUUAAAUGAUUAA